ACUGAGGGAAAAGUUUCGAUGGUUGAUCAGCCAAUCAGAAUCGAGCAUUGACAUUAUUGACCUGCGUACUGCGCAAGCGCACGAGAAACGGCAAGAACUCAAACAAAAUGGCGAGAAAACGAGAGAUUUCGACCUUUUUUUAAAACACAAGGAAAGAAAAAUCUUCUCAAAACUAUGGCUUACUGGAAAGAGUUCAAUACACUCUGCCUGGUUGUGGCAUUUUUCUUGUCAGUUCAGCUUUUUACCUCGGAAGCCGAGGUUGAAGAUAUUUGCACUCAGAGAGGAAGGAACUGUUCAUGGUGUCUUAGUGAUGGCAACUGUGGAUUUUGUGAUGGAUGUGGAGAUCACUGUCAUAAACAAGGAGCUAUUCACUCUUUAGAGAACUGUACGAACUGUGCUUCGUGUGUUCCUGGAAGUCUUGGUGGAGCAAAGAAAGGUUUUGAGUGUAGAACUGAAUGGUAUUACUAUGAAAAAUGCCCCGAAAUUGUCAGUGAGCAAAAAACUGUAUAUGUCGAAAUAGCGUUGUAUUUAAUGAAUCUGCACUCGGUGGAUCUAAAGGCUGGCACUUUCCACGCGGAUUUCUACCUCUACUUUAAAGUCCCUCCUGGUCAAACCACCUACACUAAACAGAAAUGUAAAGAUGGGCAGAAGAACACGUGCUUUGAAGUUGUCAACGCAGCUGGACAAGCCGAGGUAUCUAGUCAUGAAGGAAAGUACUUUCGAGUGAAAUCUGCUUUCAAUUUUGCUGCUGAUUUACAAAACUAUCCCUAUGACAACCAGACGCUAAGGAUUGUCAUUCAAGACAUGGAGAUGACUGCCAAAGAACUCAGAUGGAAAUUAAUGGAGGGUUCCGGUGUUACUGAUUUUAAGUUUCGAAGUGGUGUUUCACCGACGUUAAACUACACUGGCUGGUUAUUUGACACCAAUUCCUGGUCUCAGCUUGUCUAUGAAAGGUAUAACCCCUUUCUUGACCAAGGAGUGUCUCGAUACGAAUUUCUAUUUCACAUGAGAAGACAUAAGCGAGCAGCAUUCUUCAAAAUCUUCCUUCCUCCGUUAUUCAUUGUCGUCGUGAUUUGUUUUUCGUUCUCCAUUCCUCCUAAAGAUGCUUCCAUGAGGCUGUGGAUUGAUGGGUCCCUGUUAGUGUCCGCGGUCAUGUUCCAUGCAACAACUAACGAACAGACCCCAGACACACCGGAUCUUACACUCGCUGACCGGUUCAUGGUCGGUGUAUACAGUUUCAUCUUCGUCUCCUUCAUUGUUACCAUAGUGAUGUUAAGGUUUCAACGAGAGAGCUAUCAUUACCAUGCUGAUGCCUUCUACAGUGUUACUGAAUGGCUGGUUUGGUUCGCAGCGCCGAGCUUCUUCUUUCUACUCUACUACGUCAACUUAUCGCUUUAUCACGUGUUCGCGUGUGAAAUAGGCGUGUGUAUAGUCGGUCUGCUUCUAAUGAAGGGCGCUUCGCUAUUGAAAAAAAGAUUAUUACGACUACUGAAAUUCAAAAAUGGCGAUGUUCCACCCUCACCCAUGGCUUUUACCUGGAAAAACAGUUUGAUCACUCGAGAAAGGAAACAUGAUCACCAUGACUACGUUCCCUUGUUACAAAAUGAGGAAUCCAAGGAAGAAGAGCAAGAGGGCAUGUUGUUAUCAUCUCCAACUCGGCGAUCACACUGCGCACCUUGUUUCCCUGGAAACCGAGUAAAUGAUGACAACACACCGUGUCCAAAACAGCAAGUCACGCCAAACAAAAAAGCAUGAAUCAAAAGUCAAAUCCAAAGAACAGCAUGCUAUCUUAUUCAAUAUGCGGCUGAAGUAAUAUACCAGGAAUAUCCCAGUCGAAUAUCAGGAAUUACCUUGGUUAAAGGUUACUUUGAUUAUUCGAUUAUUUUACGCUCUUACUAUCAUCAUGGACCCUUUUACUUUGUGACCAAUAUUUUGAAUUCCUAUUUUGGAUUUCCCUCAGAAAUGUUUAGAACUUAUUUCAAGUCUUCUGCAAACAAAAAAAAUAGUUUUACAGUAAGCCACCUAAACAAAUUUUCAUGUUUUCCCUUUAAAAGCAUUUAUCUUACUUUAUUAAUGUUUAUUAGUUUAUUAUUAGUGAACAAAAAUUAGAAUUCGUCACCAUCCAGUUAUUCAGCCUCAAAAUCAUGAAGUUCGUUUGGAUGUUAUUGAAAUUCUGAGGGGUGGUGGGUAAGAGAAAGAGCAAAAUUACAGAGUUUGUCUGGAAGAAAAUUGGAAUUUCCAGGGGUAGGGGGGUGGGGGUCUGAAAAAGAUUCUUCCUUUGGUGUAUGGAUAAUUUCUGGAACUACGCAUUAUUAUAAUGUGGUAUUUCUUACAAUAAAAAGACGCCAAAACCA